CAUUAUAACAAUCUCUUUUUUUUGUUAUUUAUACUUGAGCCUAAAUUUUAUUUCACUUUUUUAGUAAUAAUUUUUUCAAUAAUGGAUUCUCUAUAUAUUCUCUCAUAAUCAAUUCGGAAUUCCUGAUAGUGCGAAGAUGUCGAAAAAGUACCAGGACUUUCAAGAUCUCAGCUUGAGACAAAAGAGGAGACGCCUAUCUUUAGUGCGUCAAAAUGCAGACAACUUUGAGAAUACUGAUCAUUCUGACUCCAGUUAUUAUGAACAAUCCGAGAAUGAAGAAGCUUCUAACUAUAGUCGAGAUGAGGAGCCUAACAAUGAUCGAAUUCCAAGUUCUGCUUCGUCUGAUGCCCGAAGUAAUUCAACAAUUUCUGAGCAAGAAUUAGAAGAUGAUAGUGAAAUGCGGUGACUACGAGUUCCAACGAGGGAUACACGGAUGAUGAAGUGGAGACCGAUAAUAUCUACGUUAAUAAUAUUCAGCAAGAAAAUGAUGAGAGUAGUGAAGACGAGAACCUAGAUGUUAAUGUUCCUGCAAAUCCGGCAGAUUUGAAGAAAAGGGCUUUAAGAAAUACACUUUUGGCCGCUAAUAUAAAUCAUACCCAAGGAAAUUUAAUAUUAAAAACUCUACGCACGUUUCCUGUUCAACUUGACAUUCCUGCCCAAGGACAUUAGAACUCUAUUAAAAACUACUAAUGUUGUGGCAAGUCAACAUGUUGUACAAAUGGCUGGGGGUGAAUAUUUUCACAUUGGAUUCAAAUGCAAUAUUAUCAAGAAGUUAGAAACACUUCCUGAUAAUACGUUGCCCGAAAUGGUGAUAAUUGACCUGAGCACAGAUGGCGGCAAAGCAGACAAGGGCGCUGAUCAGUUUUGGCCACAUCGCAGUUCCGAAUUUGUAAUAUAGGCGAUAAGAGGGAGAUAAGGAGAUUCGUGAUAUAAAUGCAGAGGGUAGAAUUGAAAUAAGGGGUUGACAAUUACCUUUGCAUAUUCGCUGUUUUAUUGCAGAUGCACCUGCCCGUGCGUUUUUUUAAACCACGUGGGCCACAAUUCUGCUCCUCCGUGUUCCAAACGUAAGGUUGAAGGUCAUCGAUCUACUGUACCAGGAUUUCACUCAACCAUGGUUUUCCCGGGCACGGGGCAUGAAGAGAAAACAGAUGUAGAGUACGCGAAUCUUACAGAUGAAGACCACCAUAAAGGGAGAAGUCCUUUGUCUCCAAUUUUAGGUUAGGUAUCACGUGUUCCAUUCAAAUGUAUGCACUCGGUUUGGCUUGGAAAUGUGAAGAAACUUUUAGAGGCAAAAGUGGGUGGAAAGUUUGGCCAUCAAAGAUUCAAUGGUAAGAAAUUGGAUAUUCUCGAUUCAAGAUUAACAUUACUUGCAUCCUACAAACUUUCAGAAUUUAAUCGACCCCCAAAGCCAAUAACUGAGAUUCACAGUUAUAAAGCAACAGAAGUUCGAAACUUCUGCUGGAUACGAAUACAAGUGUUUUCAAGAAUGUUUUUCCAGAAUAGUAUUACGAUCACCUGAUGAUAUUGAACAGUGUAAUGCGUCUUCUUAUAUCUGAAGACACACAGCGGGAAUUUUAUCCAUUUUGCCAACAGUCUUUGGCAACUUACGUUCGGUCAUGCGAAGUAUUAUAUGGGGAGCAAUUCCUGUCUUACAAUGUCCAUUCCCUUUUGCACUUAGUAGUCGAUGUCGAGUUGUUGGGUGGUUUGGAAAUAUUCAGUGCGUUUGGGUUCGAGAAUAACAUGCCAGAAUUUCGAAAGAAUAUACGGAAACCUGACCUUAAACUUCAACAAUAUUUCAAAAGAUUACACGAAAGAAACGAACAAGCUCUAGCGCUAUUUCCUGAUGAUAUUAUAAUUCAUCCAUCACAAAGUCAUGCUCAGGGAUCUCUUACCGAAAAUAUUUUUGCAGAAAAUUGCCAUCAGUUUUACAAGUUAGAAGUUGGUAAACUAAUAUUUUCUAUCACACUACGCGACAGCUGCUGUUUUCAUCAGAAUUCUGAAAUUUGUCUGAUCAAAAACAUAGUAGAAGUUGAAGAAACUAUAUUCUUAAUUGUUCAGAAAUUUCGAACGAUGACUGCAGUUUAUGAUGUUGGACUAACAUUAGAUUCUGUGGACAUUUGUCAUUGCUGUGAUUUAUCAGUUGCUGUCGAGGCGGUUAAUCUGGAUCAGGUUAAAAACAAGGGCUAUAGAUUGCCUGUAUGGAGUGCCACUGAAGGAGAAGAAGAACGCAUACUCGAAAAUGAGUGGAUUUGCAUCAGCUUAUUAACCCUCUACCACCCAUAGUGACAUAUAUGUAACGUUUGGAAUACUUGAGUUUUUUUAAAUAUGACUUUGAGACGAACAGCAAUUUUUAACGCAAGGAUUUACAUGAAAGUCAGGACGGUAAUGAGCUAGAAUUUUAGUUUUUUAUAUACUCCGCCACAGGAAUUUAGAAAAAAAAGAAAGUUUUAAGGGCGGUAGGGGGUUAACACCAUUCAUACUUCCCCAUUAACAAAGAUGAAUGAAGUUUCAGUAGUUAGAAAUCAAAAUAAUUAAAAGUGUAAGUAAUAAUCGUAAUUCUCUAUCAUAGCACAGUGAUGGAUCCAAAAAUUAGCAAAAUGCUGAAACCUAAGAGAAUGAAAAUCACAAGUAGUGGUAGAAUUAGCGUACGUCCGAAAAGCCAUUUGCACCACUUCGGAAGAUGAUGUACCUUCAGCAAAGAAAUCGAAAACUUAUAAGUCUAUUUAGGAAGAGAAGGAAUACUCGAGAUGUCAGUUGAAACUAUUAGGGCAUCCUAGAGAUUUGAUUGAAAAAACGGGUGCUGAUCACACAAAAAUUAAUCCAGAGAAAAAACAAUGUAUCAAGUAGCAAGACUUCGAGCAACUCUUCCAGACGAAAUUCUUAAACUCGCUUUGUAUGUCUAGAGAAGUCAAAAAGCAAGGCAAAGAUAUUAUUAGGCAAUAUUCAGACAUUAAAAAGGAAAUUGUAGGUAUGAAAAAGGAAAUUGUAGAUAUUAAAAUAUCAUUGCAAGAACAGUCUCAAACAAGUUCUGG